UAAUGCCCCACGGCACCGAGGGGUAAACUGCCAAUGAACAAAAUGAAGAAGACGUCGCUUCUUCUAAGCAAGAUGGCGUCCCCCGGCGCCUCGGUUUCGCCGGUGGCCGUCCUGGAAGAGCUGUACGAGUGUUCGUUGGGCGCCACGCGACCGAACCGCGACGCCGAGGAGGUGGCGCGCGCCCUUGUCGGCGGUGUGAGGGCACCGGGGGAGAUUGACGUCUGCUGCUUGGCUCUGACGCUGAUUGACCGGACGCUCGCUCGGUCGCGCGUCUCCCGUUUCUACCGGGACGUCGCGGAAAUCCUGCUUCGGGACUUGGACGUCUUGGUGGCGCGCUUUGGCAGUGAGGAGCAAAUCAUCCGUCACUUGGCUGCGAAGAGCGCAUCCUCCUGUGUCCUCUACCAACUGCGACACUCCGGCGCGCUCCAUCCCGCGUGGCCUCACGCGUGCGAGCAGGCAUUUUCGGGCUCGCCCGCCGGACCCCGACCGGACGCCUGCUUGUGGUCGCUGUGCCGCGUCCUCCGCGGACUCCUCCGGGACGAAUCCAAAGAACUCGUCAGGGUGCUGGUGACGGCGUUCGACGCCGGCGCGCGCGCCUUGGCGGCCAGGUUGCUUCCCGACGACGCCGACGCCUUCUGCCUCCUGCUGGACCUGCUGGAACUCCUCGCGGCGGCGAGUCCCGAGUCGGCCCGCGUCCACGCCGGCGCCUCGCUGAGCGCCGUCGGCAACGCGCCGCGGUACUUUGUCCGCAAGAGGGCGGCGCUCUCGCUAAAACGGGCGGCGCUGCGCCCCCUGCCCGGCGGGGAGGCCUCCGGAGCGGGCGUUCUGGCGGCCGCCGCGCUGGACGCGGUGGCGGCCGAUUGGCUGGCGAGCGUCGAAGUGGCCCCGGCCUCGUUUUUCGGCGGGACCGGCCGCGCCCGGGACGGGCGGCGCGACGCGACGAUGCUGCGCGCCGUCGGCCUGCUCGUCAUCAAGAGCGCGGAGCGACGCGCCGCUUCUGUCGCCGCCAAUGACCAAAGCGCGGCCGAGACGGCGGUCUACUUGGGUUCCCUGUGGCGUUUCCUGCGCCCGAAGGGGGCGCGUCACGACGAGGAUCACGACUGCGGCGUCCUCCCGCUGCUGUUCGCCGAACAGGACGACGACAUGACGGAAGCCGCCAAAGCCGCGCUGGCCAUCUUCCUCCGUCUCCGGGAGCACUGGCGGCAGGACGACGCGUGUGCCGCCGGCUGCAACCCGCACUGCCACUUCCUGUUCUUCCUCCGCGCCGUCUCCUGGGAUCAGCGCCUCCUGCUGGACUUGCUCAUCUCCACGGAAACCUGCUUCCUGGAGUACCUGGUGCGCUACCUGCGCUUCCUGAGGACCGACCGGCGGGGUUUGGCCGCCUCUUGCCGGCGAAUGGACGCCGAGCGCCCCGCGGAGGAUGCGCUGGAGAGGGCGGCGGGCUGCCUCCUGAGGCUCCGCCUCCUGAUCGCCAGGCUGCGACACAAGGGACUUUUCCCGUACAAGGCCGACUCUUUACUCAAACUGUUGACGGAAGCGACGCGACGACUUAAGGCGGGCCGAGACGCCGGCGGAUUUUGCCCGGGGCAGUAAGUGUCCCAGAAUUGACCCGUAAAUGAACGGGAUGUGAUGGAAAUCAACCCAGACCUGAAAUGAACAGGAAGCGAGCCGCAGAGUUGACAGGAAGUGAUUCCCCAAAAUCAACAGAGAGUGACACGUAAAUGUCCCGGAAUGAACAGGAAGUGACUCAUAAAUGCCGAGAAAUCAACAGGAAGUGACCCUAAAACAACUGGAAGUGAAAAUGCAUAUAUACAACACACGCAGUUUUUCUACUUGUUUUUUUUUCAUUGAAAAAUGCUAUUUUCAAAAUUAAA